GCCCCGCCUGUGCAGCCAAGCGUUCCCGCCCUCGCUCAGUGCCCAGGUAGCUGCGAGGAAACUUUUGCAGCGGCUGGGUAACGGCACGUCUCCCGCUCCUGCAGCCGCUGCUAGGCUUGCUGCUUCUGGGACUGCUCUCGUCCCCGCCGCCACUCUCCCGCGCUCCCCGCGCUCCCCGCCCCGCAGGAUGGCAGGGACCGUGCGCACCGCGUGCUUCGUGGUGGCGAUGCUGCUCAACUUGGACUUCCCGGGACAGGCACAGCCUCCACCGCCGCCGCCAGACGCCACCUGUCACCAGGUUCGCUCCUUUUUCCAGAGACUGCAGCCCGGACUCAAGUGGGUGCCUGAAACCCCCGUACCAGGAUCAGAUUUGCAAGUAUGUCUCCCCAAGGGCCCAACAUGCUGCUCAAGAAAGAUGGAAGAAAAAUACCAACUAACAGCACGAUUGAACAUGGAACAACUGCUUCAGUCUGCAAGUAUGGAGCUCAAGUUCCUAAUUAUUCAGAAUGCUGCAGUUUUCCAAGAGGCCUUUGAAAUUGUUGUUCGCCAUGCCAAGAACUACACCAAUGCCAUGUUCAAAAACAACUAUGCGAGCCUGACCCCACAAGCUUUUGAGUUUGUAGGUGAAUUUUUUACCGAUGUGUCUCUCUACAUCCUGGGUUCUGACAUCAACGUGGAUGACAUGGUCAAUGAACUAUUUGAUAGCCUGUUUCCAGUGAUCUAUACCCAGCUGAUGAAUCCAGGCCUGCCUGAGUCAGCCUUAGACAUCAAUGAGUGCCUCCGUAGUGCAAGGCGUGACCUGAAAGUAUUUGGGAAUUUCCCCAAGCUUAUUAUGACCCAGGUUUCCAAGUCACUGCAAGUUACUAGGAUCUUCCUCCAGGCCUUGAAUCUAGGAAUCGAAGUGAUCAACACAACUGAUCACCUGAAGUUUAGUAAGGACUGUGGCCGAAUGCUCACCAGAAUGUGGUACUGCUCUUACUGCCAGGGACUGAUGAUGGUUAAACCUUGUGGUGGCUAUUGCAACGUGGUCAUGCAAGGCUGUAUGGCAGGUGUGGUGGAGAUUGACAAGUACUGGAGAGAAUACAUUCUGUCUCUUGAAGAGCUGGUGAAUGGCAUGUACAGAAUUUAUGACAUGGAAAAUGUGCUGCUUGGACUCUUUUCGACGAUCCAUGAUUCCAUCCAAUAUGUCCAGAAGAACGGAGGGAAGCUGACCACCACCAUUGGAAAGUUAUGUGCCCAUUCUCAGCAACGCCAAUAUAGAUCUGCUUAUUAUCCUGAAGAUCUGUUUAUUGACAAGAAGGUAUUAAAAGUUGCUCAUGUGGAACGUGAAGAAACCCUAUCUGGCAGAAGAAGGGAACUAAUUCAGAAGCUGAAAUCGUUCAUCAGCUUCUAUAGUGCUUUGCCUGGCUACAUCUGCAGCCAUAGCCCUGUGGCCGAAAACGAUACUCUUUGCUGGAAUGGACAAGAACUUGUGGAGAGAUACAGCCAAAAGGCAGCGAGGAAUGGGAUGAAAAAUCAGUUCAACCUCCAUGAGCUGAAAAUGAAGGGCCCUGAACCGGUGGUCAGCCAAAUUAUUGACAAGCUGAAGCACAUUAACCAGCUCCUGAGAACCAUGUCUAUGCCCAAAGGUAGAGUUGUGGAGAAAAACCUUGAUGAAGAAGGGCUUGAAAGUGGAGACUGCGGUGAUGAUGAAGAUGAGUGCAUCGGAGGCUCUGGUGAUGGAAUGGUGAAAGUGAAGAAUCAGCUCCGUUUCCUUGCAGAACUGGCUUAUGAUCUGGAUGUGGACGAUACCCCUGGAAGCAAGCAACAUGUGAAUCAGAACGACAAUGAGAUAGUCGUCUCUCGCAACUGUGGGAAUGGCCAUUCCCCCCUGAAGGUUCUAACCAGCCUGGCAAUCUAUGUGGUGUGCUUUUUCUUCCUGGUGCACUGAAUUCCUAGUGCACAGCACCUGUGCUGCCCUUCAGCACCCUGUGGUUUUCCUCUAUAAAAGGAACCACCUUCUUAUUUUUUUUCUAUUUUUUUAAUCUCAUAUGCCUCCUCUAGCCAUUAAGUAGGAAACUAACCAUGUGUUAUGUUUUUGAAAUGAAAUGGUAUCUUUAUGAGGCAGAUAAAUUUUAGUGGUAGUAUAGAUUGUCCUUUUGUAAAGAAAAAAAAAUCAAGUCGUGCCAAAUUAUUUUCCUAUGUUUGGCUGCUAGAACAUGGUUACCAUGUCUAUCUCUCUUUCUCUCUUUCCCUUUGCAUGGAUUUCUUUGAACAAAAAAAAUAAAUAAAAGCUCAAAUAAAA